UGACAAUAGUGAAAUGGAGGCAAAUCUGAAAAAAUGCCGUCGUGUGUUUUGUGCGAUGGAGAAGUCUUUGACUGUAUUGAUGGACUGUAUUACUGCCAAAGCUGUGGAACUCAGUCUCAGGAUAUGAGAGAUGAAGAGGCAGCAAAUCCUUAUGAAGCUGGAGUUGAUAGCCGAUUGCAGGUAUCAAGGAAGGGCAAAGGUGGAAGACAGAAACAGUUUUUUGCAGAUAAAGGGAAACCUUGGUUCAUGUAUGAAGCGUAUCAGUACAUCAUAAGAGUUCAAGUGGAAUAUCUCAUAAAACUUGGAGUCAAUGAUGCAUUGAAGGAUGUUGUCUUCAAGCUGUGGUACAAGUAUUUGCAGGUCACUGAAAUUGCCUUCACUGGAUCUCCUCAGGGAACUGUACCAACCAAAGGUUCAAUUUUUUACCAGCGAGAUGCUAAUCUCUUAAACAGAAAUCAAAGAAAUAAGAGUGGACGCAAGAGAAAGUUGGAUCCUUCAUGUGAAUCAGAUGAUGAUGAUGAAUUAGAACUGUGUUCACACUUUAGUGAUGAGGAGUUUUAUGAAGGUGAUGAUCCUUCAGAAGCAUUGCCAAAACAUGACGAUGAUGGCAAUGAUUUGAAUCCAGGUGAUGACUGGACUUCUCUCUGCCACAAUAAAGAGAUGGAUGUUGAUGAUGUCUCAGACAGUAGUGACGACGAAUUUAUUGGUUCCAUGACUUGCCGUCAAACAAAAAAAAGAGGAGUGUUGUGCGGGCAUGUUACCCUUCAGUCCACCUUAGCAUUUUGUUAUCUUGGCUUGCUGUGGAUAGAUGAACCAGUUUUUAUCAGCGACUUGGUGAGAUGGGCCAAACAAGGACAGUUUCCUUACUUCCAGACAACAAGACACAUCCCUGGGCACAUGAAGUUUGGUUCUGGUGAUUUUAGCUGUUUAUGUCCAGUCAUAGUUCCCCCAGUAUCGUCCAUUCUUCGACAUGCAUCAAGGAUUGCAAAGCUAUUACAACUUCCGUGUUUUCCAGAACCUAAAUUAUCCACCUACACUGCACGUUUUAUCACAGAUCUGCAUCUACCAGGUUUUCUUCAUGGUGUAGUGCGCAAACUAGCAGAAAAGGUGAAAGUUAAAACCAAAAUCCACCCAGCUCUCCAGACCUCCAUUCCAAAUCUUGAAGCUGGUGCUAUGGCUUUCAUUGUUGUUGCCUUGAAACUCUGCUACGGAAUUGACGACAAAACAGAAAAGGACCAGGAAGAAAAAGCCAUACCCAUGGAAUUAAGCUCAAAAGAAGGAACUUGUCACACAAUUCCCCUGUUCACUGAUUGGCUGAAAAGCUGGAAGCAUUGCGAAGCCAAGAAAUUUCAUAAUGGUAUUCCUUGGACAGAUGAACAGUUUGAACUUGUUGGUGACCCUACGUCAUACAGCGCGUUUUGUAAAUCGGACAUUUCUGGUUCGUGGGAGCCAGCCGACCGCGUUUACACCGGAAGUCAACAGAAAAAUUUGCGCGCGAACCGAAUCACGAACGAGGAGAGCCAGAGCAGGUAUGCACAACUGUUCAAGAGCUUAAUGACAAGACAACGGGACGAGGAUUUCAAUAGUACGGACACGCCCCAGGUUACAAGUUUUCCCGCCACGUGCAGACAUGUGGACGACUCUGAAAGUGGCACUGGAAGUUGUUUCGACAAAAUGCGUUCGCGUGGAAUCAACGUGGAAUUUGUACAUGGGAGUGGUUCAGUUGAGAGUAAUGAUUUGAAGUACAUUUGUUACUCAGCAGACCAUGCUGAUCAGGACACUUAUUUUCAUAGUUCGUACAAAGAGCUGUUGGGUGUUUUGGCAGACCGCAUAGAAAUGAGGCCAGCGGAUGUACAAACUAAAGUCCGAAAACUAGAGAAGGCUUUGUUUUUUAAACAAAAUCUUAUUAAUGGAGUGUUGUGAUCGACUCAAACUGUUGCAGCGUUUAAUCAACAGAAGAGUACUUAUCAUUUAGUAAAUCUGUUCUUUCCAAAGCAGGGAGACUUCUUCUUAGGGAGGUUGGCGCUUGUUUUUUCCAUUUUUUAGUCUACUAAUAUUCUUCUUGAGCUAUUUAUCUAUUGAUGUAAGUCUCCUCUGGUAAACUCUUCUCGCGAACCUUUUGGAAAUUUCAAAAUUUGAGACGAGUGACUUUCUUUUUUGCCUUAAAUGAUAUUUUUAGAAUAAGAAAUUUAUUAUGUGAAGAUGUUUCUAUUUUUUUCCUUUUCUUCUUUCUGUCUUUGUGCAGAAAUCUCGAGCAACCCUCCUAAUCAAUCAGAUGCAAAGUCAGGAUAAAAAAAACGACUUGCGUUUUUCGGCGCCAACACUCCUUUAUUUUGACUGGUCAUCGAGAUUACUUUACUGGUUUUUAGAGUUAUGACACUUAAGCCAAACGCCUGCGGAAGCAGUUUGACAAAUCUGAUAAAGUCAGAAAUAUCACCCCGCUCCAAACAAAUCGUUGUCUGAUACGUAGCUGCUUCGUGAACAUUGUCACUUAAAUACCAUGAGAACAAAGACCUUUUUUUUAUUUUCAUGAAAAGAAAAAGAUGCAAAAUACUUUAUGUCGGUAAACUUGACUAAUAAACAGUGAAUACAAGAG